UGUCGGCCGCCUAUCGGAGGGAGGGGCGGGACCGCUCCCGCUUGGUGCGCGCGCAGCUCGACGCGGGUCCGUCGGUGGUCUCCGUCGCUGUUUUCUCGUUGCGUGGGCAGCCGAGGCUGCCGUCUAACCCCAACCCUGGACUCUCCUACGCACCAGACGACCCCGCUCCGGGUGCCUCGGACCUCGGGGUUCAGGAGGACUGACUCAGGACUCUACCCAAGUUGCCAUGGGCCCUUCCGAUCCCCGCGUCAAUCUCCCAAGCCUGAACAGACUGAUGACAACAGCAGUGAGGAGUCUUUGAACUCUGACAUUCAGAAAUUGAAGGAGAGGCUGGACAUGCUGGACAAGGAGAUUUCCCAGUUAGUAAAAGAAGGCUACCGUGUGGGUGAACUGGAGAACCAUAUCUCCCUCCUCCACGAGUACAAUGACGUCAAGGAUGUGGCACAGAUGCUACUGGGAAAGCUGGCUCUGACCCGAGGUGUCACCACCAAGGAGUUAUAUCCAGAUUUUGGUCUAGACCUGAGUGACUGAACAGAGGCUUGCAGAUUUUUAUCUACAGCCCAUGGGGACAGGUGGAUGGGGACAUGAAAAGCAAAGAACCCAGACAGUACAUUCAUAGGGUUUCCAGACAAAAAUUGCUAGAAGCCCCAAUUUCCUGAAGGUCCAAACUAAGUUUAGGGUGGGUCCUAGAGAAGAGGGGUAGGGGUGGGGGUGGGGAUUGUCAGUGCUGAGGUUCCUAAAUGUCCUUGUGAAUGGAUGUGUGUGGUUGUCCCUUUUGUUAAUAAACAUGAGCAGUCUCUAUAUGGUUUUGAUCCCUUCCCUCUACUAGUCCCAGUCUGCCAUGGAUCACAACAGUUCACUCCUACUGAGUCUCAUAGCUGUUACCUCAUCCAGGAGAAUUUUUAUUGCUGUCCCAUUGACCUCAGAGAGGCAGGUGACUUGCCCAGAGUCACCAAUAGCAAGGGUGGCAGGGAGUGAGCCCAAGAUUGUGCUUUGUGAUGCUACUUUUCUGGGUUGAGAAGGAACAGGUUAAAAGUAGAAGUGAGAAACUUAUUUAUUCAGGUGUAGUAGUGUUUGUUGCAUGAAUCCUAAUUGGUCUGACAAUAAAAACGCAGAGCCAGAUACCUGGGUGAAUGCUAAAAGAUCAGAGGAGACAAGCCACAGCCACUGCUUACCCCUCCAGCUCCUCAGCCAAAAGGGGAAGACCCUGUCUCCCCGAAUCCUCACACUGAAUGCUGCUGAAUUGUCAGCCUAAAGGCUGAGUUCCUGUCUCCUCCCAGCCUUAGCUGCACACCUUUAAUCCCAGCACUCUGGAGGCAGAGGCAGAGGCCAGGCUUGAUGGAUCCCAGGGCUGCAUAGAAACCACUGGAGGUGGGUGUCUUAGGCUUUCUGAUGCUGUGAAGAGACACCAUGACCACAGCAACUCUUAUAAAGGAAAAC